AGGCAGGUGAUCUGAAACUUCCUCCUUCGGAACCGUAACAGUAAGCACCCCGUUCUCCAUGGAAGCUUUCACCUGCUCCAACUUAGCAUUCUCCGGCAGCCUAAACCGUCUCAGGCUUCGCUCAAUGCGGUGCCACAUGUCACCCUUAUCCUCCUUCUCCUUGCUCCUCUCACCGCUAAUCUGAAGCACCCUGCCCUCCUUGAUCUCCUUGAUUUAUUUUCGUGGACCACGGAACCCUCAACGUUGACCUUGUACCACCCAUCCUUCAGCACCGAACUUGUCGCUUGAUAAGCGGAAGAACCCAUGACACGAUCAAAAUGUGUAGGAACAAAGCUUUGAAGUUGUCGAUUCUGCUCCGAAAUUGUGUGCGCUGUUCUGCAGUCUUGCAAGUCAAGCAAUGCCAUGCCCAAACUAUUCUCCAAGGAUUGCUUCCGCAUCUCACUCUUCAGACAGAUCUCUUGCUAGCCUACUGUAGAUUGUGCCUUCUCCGCCAUGCUCGGAAGGUGUUCGGCACAAUGCCCAUAAGAAACAUGCAUUCAUGGAACAUCAUGAUUGCCUCCUACAUUGAGAAUUCCUUGUAUUCCAAUGCUUUAGCUAUUUUUCGUGAGUUCAAGAGUUGCAAUCUUGUUCCAGAUCAUUAUACGUUGCCUCAACUUUUUAAGGCUUGUGUAGGAGUAGGUGAUGCUUGUUUUGGUAAGGUGUGUCACGGUUGGGUGAUAAAGCUUGGCUAUGAGGGGUAUGUUGUUGUGGCUAGUUCUGUGCUCGAGUUUUAUGUGAAAUUUGGGUUGAUAACCGAGGCAUACUCGGUGUAUUCCAUGAUGCUUUGUAGGGACUUUGUGGCUUGGAAUUUGAUGAUUUCUGGCUUUUUAAGGGCUGGCUUGUAUUUGCGUGUUAUCGAUUGUUUCAGAGAAAUGCUGCUUACAAAUGGGGGGAAGAUGGAUUCCAUGUCUGUUCCUAGCAUUUUAAUUGCUUGUGGGAGGGAAGGAGACUUAAUGAAAGGGAAAGAAGUUCAUGGGUACGUCUUUAAGAACUGCGAGUUUGAUGUGGAUACUCCCAUUGGUAACACCUUAAUUGAUAUGUAUGGGAAGUGUGGAUGCUUAAAUGAUUCAGAGAAGGUUUUCAAGACAAUGCGCAGCGUGAACGUGGUUACGUGGACUACCAUGAUAUCAUGUUAUGGUAUGCACGGAAAUGGGGAGGAAGCGCUCUUUCUAUUUCGAAAGAUGGUUAAUGGGGGAAUUACACCAAAUUCUGUCACACUUACAGCAGUGUUAGCCAGUUGUAGCCACUCUGGUCUGAUAGACCAAGGAAAGAAAAUUUUCAAUUCAAUUAGUUCCAGUUAUGGAUUGCAGCCAAGUGCUGAACACUAUGCAUGUAUGGUGGAUCUUUUCGGCCGCGCUGGGUAUCUUGUUGAAGCACUUGAGUUGUUGAGGAGCAUGAAAUCGUUAGGAACGGGAAGCGUCUGGGGUGCGCUUCUUGCUGGUUGUGUAAUGCACAAGAAUGUUGAGAUUGCAGAAAUUGCAGCUCAUCAUCUUUUCCAAUUAGAACCAAAUAAUGCUAGUAACUACAUAGCCCUAUGUGGCAUCUAUCAGUCUCAUGGUAUGCUUGAUGGAAUUGCAACUGUUAGAGAAAGAAUGAGAGAACAAGGUUUGAUUAAAACCCCUGGUUGUAGCUGGAUCAGUAUUGGAGGAAGGGCUCAUAAAUUCUAUCAAGGUGAUUUGUCUCAACCAUUGUCUCAUUUGAUUGAAAGAAUAACACAUCAAAUUAGCAACACUCAGUUAUUGGAUGAUGAUUUUGGUAGUGUGACACAUGAUGAUACCUGCAUGAUGGCUUUGUAGAUCUUUAAAGCUAGUUUAUUUACAAACUUAUAGCAUGUAAUUUAUACAUGAUGAAUUUUUCAACACGUUUUGUGGAACAUAAUUAUAUUCGGCUUACUUUAUAGCUAAGAAACAUUUACUUUGAAUGUAGUUGACAUUUAGUUUUACAGAGUUUUCUUUUUCCUCUUCCCUA